AUGUCUCAAGGUAAUGUUGAACGACCACCUGAUGAUGGUAAAUCACCAUUGAAUGAUACUGAAGCAUCAUUAGAUGAUACUGAAGUACCGCCUGAUGAUAUUAACUCACCAUCAAAUGAUAUAGAAGCACCAUUAAAUGAUACUGAAGGACCACCUGAUGAUGUUAAAUCACCAUCAAAUGAUUCUGAAGCACCACAUAAUGAUGUUAAAUCAUCAUCAAAUGAUGCAGAAGCAGCACCAAAUGAUACUGAACCACCACGUAAUGAUGCUAAAGCACCAUCAAAUGAUACUGAAGCACCAUUAAAUGAUACAGAAGCGCCACCUAGUGAUGUUAAAUCACUAUCAAAUGAUUCUGAAGUACCACCUGAUGAUGUUGAACCGUCACAAAGUCAUGUUGAAGCAUUAUCAAGUGAUACUAUCGGUAUCGCGCCACCACAUAUCGAAGAAUGCGUUCAACUUUGUCGUUUAUUUCGUGAUGGAUAUCGUUGUUGA